AACACCCCGCCGACACCGACCGCACUAUGCAAGGAUAACGAGAGGAAAACGACAUCGCACAGUCCAAAGGAAAACCUUCGAUGACAUCAGCGGAUGCGAGCGGAUCGUGACAGGAUAUUCUCGCUCGUGGAAAGGACUUUCAGUCACACUCUGCAACGGAGAGCGAACGGCGGUGAUGUUGUAAGUGGGCAAUCGUCAUCCAGUCAGUUCGGUAGUGUGGUGAAGGAUUAUUGUGCACAGUGCGGAGGAGCUACAAAUUUUCGAGUGCGUGUCGAGGAGAAGAAAAUUCAUAAAUUUUCCAUCCUGCUGGCCCCGUCCGCGACCGAAACUAGUUGGUGAUGAGAGUUCCGAAGGUGGACCGACCGUUGCAGUAUUGCGAUAGCCGCGUUCGAAUGGCCAACAGCACGAAAAACUGCCAGGAUUCGAGGGUUCCCUUGGGCCAGACGAAUUUUGCUCGAUGCUAGUGGAAUCAUUUUUGCAGCAGGAUUUCCACCAGCAGCAGUAGCAGUGGAGAGAGCGAGAGCGAGAUUGAAGAAGAUUCGAACGAGGUGCUGGAAAACGACGGAGAGCCGUGGGAGAUCGCGAGAGAAACGUCCACCAACAGGACACGAACGAGAGGAGCAAAACCCGAAUGCAUCGUGAAUAAAUAAUUUGACAGAUUCCGCGGAACCCAAAAUAGACGACAGGAAACGCAAAGUAGGCAGAUAAAUAGCUAGUCCUUUUACGCUUUUCGAAUCCCGGAACUGCUAGCCGCUAAGUAAAUAGUAGCACAUUAGUUUUAAAUCGAAAAUCCAAUCGAGGGUCCAGCCAUCACGCAGUGUAGCAAGCAAUGAUCGAUGAAAUCGUGGAUCGAAUCGUCCAGUUCUUCUCCACCGGACUGGUGGAGAAAAUCGUCAAAGCGUUUCUGGUCCUGUGCGACCGGUUCGUGAGCUUUAUCCUGUCCCUGUGCGAGGGAAACAACUACAAGAAGAAGGAUGAAACGGUGGACGUUCUGUACAGUAGCGGGAACUUCCUGGUCAUCAACAAGAAACACGAUUUGCUCAUCAAUUCCAACGACACGAAAAAGAAAACGGUCCAAACCAUUAUGCGGAAGCAGUUCCCGGAGUACGUGCAGGACAACCUGACGCAUGAUUUCUACUUUGCCCACCGGUUGGACUUCGCCACCAGUGGGAUCCUGUGCAUUCCACUGAACAAGAACGCCUGCAAGGAAGUCUGCCAGGUGUUCGAGGAGCAACGGGCGCGAAAGUAUUACCUGGCGCUGCUGCGGGGCCACACGGACUUCGACGAGGAAGUGAUCGACAUUGCGAUCGGUGAGUGCGAGGACAUCCGGUUCAAGGACACCAGCAAGAAAAUGUGCACCAUCCUGGAGGAUGAACUGUGCCAAAAUCCCCGCCGCAGCAUCACCAAAGUGCUGGUGCUGGAUCGAGGCUACUACAAUGGGAAGCCGGUCACCAAAGUGCUCUUGCGACCAAUCACCGGCCGGCGCCAUCAGCUCCGGUUACACUGUUCCCAGAUCGGGCACGUGAUCGUCGGCGACUACACGUAUAGUUUGAAGAUCGACACGUCGCCGCCGCGAAUGUUUCUCCAUGCCUUCCGCUUAGUGCUGCCCAAUUCGUUCGAGAACAUCGACAUCCAAACGGAGGACCCCUUCACGGAGAAGGCCCUCAAGUACAAGUGGAAGGUGGUCGAGCAGGUGAACGCCGUUGGGAACGCGUUCGAUCUGAUAGAUUCUUUUUAACAUUUGUGGGAACCAUGUAGUUAUCAACUGCGUAGGACUCGCACGUUUACGUUUCGGCUGGAGCAGUUUCGGCGGCGGUUAAAUGUAAAUAUUCGAUCGAUUUCGCGAAUUUACUCGCUUUAGGUUCUAGCGUCGUCCUCUUCUCGCUGCUCGCCAAGGAGCAGAAGCCUAGUACGGAUCGGCGGUGUGCACUCGGACGACGACGAAAGGCAUCGACGACAAUCCCUGGGUUCCCCGGUCGGAGGAGAAGGUGGGACGAGCCCGGGAGGGAGGGGACGGCACGGUUAGAUUUUUCCAGAAUCCGCGGAAUUCUUUACUCUAGUAACAAAACCAUUUAGACGUAUUAUGUAAAUUAUUAUGACGAAAGACCUUCGAACGUUAUGGCAGCGCGCGUGCCCCAAAAACGGAACACAAUUCCAAUCCAGAUAGCCAUUUUUGAAAGGUAGUUACGGUGACGGAAGCGUACAAUAAGGUCGAACAUAAGUGAUAGAGCGUAACACAGCGAAGGGGACAUCUCGUUCGAGUAGGACCGGUCGUUGAGGAUGAAGAGAUAGACGUGUUCAGCCACAUUCACACUAUUGAGAAUCUAAAAUCUAUAGUUACACAUUUGAUCUUAUAAUUAGUUGAAGUUUAGGAGUAUUUACUUAUCGAGAAUUACUACAAAAGUCCUCUAGAUUACAGGAGAGGGUGCAAACACGUUGGCGAACCGAGAGAUGAACUAGAUAGUGAUUUGAUUUUCAUUCUAAAUGCUGGUGGUGCGUAGGCUAUUUUUAUAUUUGUUUAGUUUUGUUUUAAUUGAGGCACAGACAAACAGACGUAACACUCUUCAAAACGGCUUGGCGCAUGCGCCAGAGGCGCUAGUGUUCGAUCGCUUUGACGUUCGCCAGUGUACGUUCACGUUGCUGAAUGAUGCAAACUAAAAUUACAGGCGAUUUGUGUAGUAGUGUGCGUGUUAGAAAACGUCAAGUCGAAAUCCAUCAUGGCCGACAGUGUCUCGCGCGGUUAUACCAACAGGUGGCAGUGUGCUCAUGAAAAAGACACCGGUCAAAAGUUUUUGAUGAAUUUUCUUUAAGAGUUACGUGUAUUUCACGACGUAUUCCACGUAUGACGGCAGGCAACAUUAGUCAAACUAAUCAGAGCUUGUUGAAUCAUUCUUAGUUUUGCAUUUUUAUUUUAGAAAAACGAUUAUUUUCCUUUCCCUGGAGAGAUUUGAGGGAGUCGAAGUGGUGUCACAACGUCAUCGAACUUUUCGAGGGGUGAAAUUCGUGGAAACAGUUGAAUACGGAUAAAUAGUGGAGAAAAUGGUUUCAAAAGGCAAUUCUUUUGGGAAGCCUUCCGACAUGCUAUGAAAGCAACCGGACAACCUUGCUUAUUCUAAUAGACGAUGAACUUUGAUGCGUAUCGCCAGGAAACUACAGGAGAUCGAUGAUGUCGAUCGAUUGUCGUUGAAUUUGCGUUCAAGGUAGAAGCAAAGAAGAUCACCUGCCAUUUUGCGGAAUAAAAGGGCAUAAGUCGUGUUAAACUUACGUUCUACACUUUAAAAUGGCAGCCACAAGUGCGGCAGAACUACUUAAUGAACGGAUGAAAGGGUAGAUUGAGUUCAAACGUUUCAACUAGAUUUUCGGAGCUGGUAGAAAUGCGUGUUGAUCGUUCGGUGUCUAGAAUCCAAGAAGGCCCGACAGUAAUCGGACAACGUGUCGGUGUUCAUGAGUCCUGCAGUUCACAUUCUGACGCGCAUUUAGCUGCGGUCUUCAUCGAUCUACGAGCCGAGACUGCUUAGUCGGUCUAUUCGAUGACUUUUUGUUGGAAAUAAAAACAAACGAGGCUUUGUUCUCCAAUCCCAGGCACUGACUGAUAUCGCUACCACCGCAGUGCCUCUCCUUUAUGCAAUCUAGGUAUAACAUAUUUACAAUUUAUUUCCAUUUAUUACCAGUUGAUACCUAGCUCUUCACUGAGCUGUGUGAUGCACCUGCAAGGAUGUACCUACCUGUCGUGUCCGGACGGACACCGUUGCAAUCCAGGUCAACCAAUUCUGCCGGUCGAAACUCUUUUUUUUUCGAAGAAGGAUGCAAAUGAUGCAAUCUACUCGUGCAAAAUACUUUACAAGACUGACGUUUCAUUUCAUCAUGAUUGUUUGCUUUGUUUUCCGGUGGCGCAUCGUUGCUGCCAAUGCUAUAUGCCCUGUUUCUCACUUUCUCUGUAUCCCUCUCAAUCCCUACACUGCCAUUCAACACUUUUUUUUGCUAUAAAAACAUUUGAAAUUUGUUAUUACACUCAAAACCGUAUUAUUAUUUUUUUUUUACCCGAAUUACAUUUAUAGCAAAAGCACUUAAAGAAUAAAUUAACUUGAUAAAUCAAGAUAUAUGAAGAAGAAAGAUUGCCGACAAACCUGUGAACUAGAACAUGAAACUGAAGCACAAUCCGGCUCGCAAUCCGGGUAAUAGUAUGGCAAGAUUCAUGACUAGCUGAAAGCGUUCGUUCUGGAUUCUGCUGAUCGAGCAAUGGCUGAAUGGUUCGUCGAUUCCGACGUGAUGACAUCCAGUACCAGACCACACCAGAUUUACGCUUGCUUGCGCCUUCUCGUUGUUGGAGAUCCAGGUCGUAUCAGCGGUUGCUGGCUUCGGAUCGGCAGUUUCUGCUUCGGCAGAGCAGUUUCCUCACCGCGUAUUCUCGCCGUUUAGCUUUGUGAUCGUAGCUUUUGUGUCCGUCAUAUUGUUUUCACAAGCACUUCCAACCAAGGUUGGCAUGCCGCACAGAAACUGUGCACAGUGCAGCUCAUUUCCAUAUUUAAACCGUUAACUUUUGCUCAGAAACUGAGGAGCAUGCCGUCCCUGCUCCCUACAAAGCUCGAAUCGAAAACAUACUACAAAGAUCCACAAAACUCACGCACUUCCAGCGCUAACUGGGUCCAUAACCUAUUGGGCUUGAGUUUAUAGCGGAAUGAAAUCUGGAGCUCGAUUUGAUUAGGUCGAAUGUAACAUGUACCGCAAACUGAGAAAAUGGCAGGCAAAGUUAUGAGAAGCAAAAUCAAAUCUCAUUUAACAUUACAACUGCUAAACUCACAUAAAAUCACCCAUGGCACACAUUUGAUCCCAACAAAUAUACUAACUGCUAUGUAUUUGCAAAUCAUGCAGAAAUAACGUGCGAUCGAUUGAAAAUAAAAUUUUAGGUCUCUUUGAUCGGUGAGAUUUCUUUUUCGACCAUCUGAACCAAUGCCACUUCCGACCUUCUUCCGAACUGUCAUUUACAUUCGACCUAGCUAAUCAGACCCUUUGCAGCUUGACAGGUUGUUUACGACUUUGAGGUUAGAAUCUGAUAAGACUUUUUAUCGAUUCCUGUUUACAUUCGUCAGGCUCAUUCGACCUCUUGCACGGUGUUUGUGCACUUAAGUUAUUUUACUUUUCGAUAGUUUUUUAACAAUUUAAUUAAGUUCUCUCAGUGAAUUAAGUGCAGAUGAAAAGUAUAGAGUUCCGGUGAUGUGUCUAUUCAAAAAAAGAACUAAUUGAGCAGCGGCAGUGGGGUUUUGUGCUAGGUAAAAUUGAUUUUGUUUCUUACGACCCUCUGCUCGUGGGUGAUGGACAUUCGACCCACCGGUUGUCUAUUUAAAAAUGUUAUAAUUAUUAAUAAGUCCAUGCAAGUAAGUACAUUUAGUGAAUAAUGCACUGCGGUUGUGAUAAUAUCGCAAACAUAGCAAAUCUAUUAAGUUUUUAGCGCAAUUAACGAGUUUUUCAUUACCACAACAAACAUUCGACUUUCGUUGUAGAGAAUGUGAUUUACGGCUAUUUGAUAAGGACCUAAGUAACAAAACGAGAUUCUAUGAAAAUUUAGCACAUACGUCAUUAAAAGUUUUGCUUAUAUUUUUUCGCUAGGAGUUAAAUGAAAUACAUUGUUUCAAGUGAAUAAUAAAGUAACUCAAGACGAUUAUGUUGCUAGCAAAAGGUCAAUUUUUGUGAUUUUGUUACUUAGGACCUAAUCAAAUCGAACUCCAGAAAUGCUGAGUUUAACGAACAAAACGAAGCUUUUGAUUGUGGGAUAUCUUGCUUCACCAACGUUAUUUUAAAAUGAUUUUUACGUUAACUUUUAAAGUGAAUUCCAGCCGGAUCUGUCGUGGAUCGUUGUGGAUGCCCCUAUUUAUCUUACUGUUCCAAAAAUCAAAGUUUUUGGUAUACAUUCUCAACAUUUUGUAUUUAGUUUUAAUAGGUUUUCGCUUUCUUCAACAAUCAAAUUUGUAAAUUCUGUUUUUUGUUUCAUGUGGGUUUUGCGUGUUUUCUUUAGUUCUUAACAAUUUUCUAUUAAUUUCUUUAUCGGUACGAUUCGCCAAAUAAGUGGCAGUAUCACCAAGUAUCACCAGCACCAUCCGCUGAAAAAUGUCAAGUUACAGAUUGCCAACCACGUGCAGGUAAAUGCGUCGAGCAGCAUGAAACCCAUAGCACACGAUUUCCGUUUCCGCGACAUUUGGACGUCUUUUGCAAAGUGCUGAACUAGCAUCCCAAGCCGUGUAACAAACUUCUCUUUGUAGACUAGAUAACCUAUAAAAGAAAAGAAAAACUAAUCAGCCGAACGGACAAAGUUGUUCAAGAGCUAGAAUUGCAAAAUAUGUAUAUCGCCCAGCACUAAGUUUUUUUUUUGUAGGAAAAUGGUCACAAGAAAACAAGAAUACAGACAGCGUGUCUCGAGCCAAAAAAAAGAAUAUCAAUCCGAACGGAACAGAUUCAAGAUUAGAACACUAUUCUUUUCACUUGUAAAACUAUUCAGAAUGCUUAGGAAAAAUCGAUCGGAAGACAUACUUUGCGUUUAUAUUGAAUCGAACUUCUUAAAUUUCGGCGUUAUGCGUUUUGAAUUUUCCGUAGAUUGUAAAAUAUCUCAAUAGAGCAACAUUGAAUUAAAUGAGGAAACAAUAGAACUUUAUAUACAUGCAGAGAAGCGAAUGGUAGGGUUCGAACAGAAGCUAGUUGUUCAGUUCUCUAUAUUCCGUUACGUUGAAGUUGAGUUUAGAAUCUUUGAUUGCAAUCAGCUGCCGCCUGUGUAUGCUUAGAAGAAGCCGGCUUACGAGAUCAACCUGAACUGAAUACGUUUAGCGGAAGCAAGCUUUUGAGAUCUUCUCGUCAACGUCAAUCUCCCGACAGCGACGUGAGGAUCGGUUCCGAGGAUUUACUAUAGAAUCACGUUCUAUUCAAUAUGGCCGAUGUAUGAAUUCUUUGCCACACUGCCAAUUUACGCUUCUUUUACGAGUCUCCUUAUGAACGCGCGACGACUUUGGAGCGAAUAGAUCAAAACAAAUCGAAAGGGACAACUCAGGAAGGUUUAGUUAAUGUUUCGGAAGGAUGCGGCAGCUGUAUCGAGUUAUUCCCCUUAGUUUGUGUUCAAUGGAUAACUGUUUCUCAAUUGCCUAGAAGUUUUGCCCUUUCUUAACUUACAAACAAUCACAAAAUACACACAAACACAUUCACACUAUUGUCAGUCGACGGAAAGCAUUCCAAGAGCUAUACGAAUGACCCAUUCGAGGGAUAUUGUUAAAAAAAGCUUACAAAAACGAACAUAAAUACGAAAAUUCUUUCACAGAACAACCAACACAUACAUACAUUUGUUGAAUGGAACCAAUCUCUCUCUCUCUGCCUGACAAAAGUAAAAAAAAAAAGAUAAAAACGAAAAAUAUUGCACUAAAAACAAAACCAACAAACAAAGCAAACAAUAGUGGUAGUUUCGUCAAGGAAACCCCAACAAGUGUACGUAAAAUGCAGCGCAAAGAGUAAGUGAAAAGAACUGACACCUCCUUGUUUGAAAUAUCAAAACAUCAGAGAACCAGAGAGAAAGAAAACAAAAUACAAUAGGAAAUAAAAUAAUGCUUUUUUGAAGUCAUUGAAA